CACUAUGCUUCGACGCACUAUUCAACAAAGAGGAUUGGCCACGGUGUCUCCUUUGGUCAUUAAAAAUGCACGCAUUCAAGCCUCUGUCAUCCUCUCGCGUGCACCUCAAAUCACUCGCGAUGCCACUCCUUUCGAAAAAGCUUAUUUCGAUUACCGUGAAAAGCUUGAACGUGAAGAAUCAGCAGCCACACCUACUGAAUUUUACUUUAAGAAGGGAUCAGUUGCUGAGCGUCGUUGGAAAGAUGAAGAGAAGGCUCGUCAAGAAGUUAUGGCCAACACAACUGAAAGUUUGACUGAUGCUGUCAAGGAAUCACAAGCCACUUGGGAAAAAGAAAAUGCCAGUCUUGUUGCUACUACUCGCAUUGAGCAGCAACCUCGAGAAACAGAAGCUGAUAGAAAGAAUGAUACAAAGAGCCUGGAAAGAUCACUUCAAAAGACAUUGUACUUGAUCGUCAAAAAGAAUGACCAAGUGAACCCCUGGCAAUUCCCUCAAGGUCCUGUUGAUAAUGCUGAAUAUUUACAUGAGGCAGCAGAGCGUACAUUGAAGCAAGAGUGCGGCGUGGAUAUGGAUACCUGGUUUGUUGGACGUCAACCUAUUGGUGUCUUUAAACAAGCUUCAACCAAGAAUGCAGAAGGCAGCAAGACUUUUUUCAUGAAGGCUCGCGUCUUUGCUGGUCAAGUGAAGCCUAGUAAAGAUGUUGUUGAUUUUGCCUGGCUAACAAAGCAAGAAUUAGCUAACACACUUUCCCCUGAAUACUACAAGGCUGUCAGGGAUAGUUUAGGAGAUCUUUAAAAGAAAUAUAUAGAAUAUUGUAAAUACAUUUUUUUAAUAGAAAAAAGAGAAAGAAAGU